GGAGAGCCUGGACCACCUGGUGACCAAGGGCGGGAAGGACCUCUCGGACCACCUGGUGACCAGGGUGAGGCUGGACCUCCGGGACCCAAGGGCUACAGGGGAGACGAUGGUCCUCGUGGCAAUGAGGGCCCAAAGGGAUUGCCUGGAGCACCUGGGCUGCCUGGAGACCCUGGUCUGAUGGGAGAAAGGGGGGAGGAUGGACCUCCUGGGAAUGGCACGAUUGGAUUCACAGGUGCCCCGGGGCAGCCAGGAGACAGAGGUGAUCCUGGCAUUAACGGAACAAAAGGCUAUGUUGGUCCUAAAGGUGAUGAAGGAGAAGCUGGAGACCCUGGCAAUGAUAACUCAACCCCUGGUCCCAGGGGCAUCAAAGGAGCCAAGGGCCACCGAGGACCUGAAGGCCGCCCGGGACCACCAGGACCCGUAGGCCCUCCAGGACCAGAUGAAUGUGAAAUCUUGGACAUCAUUAUGAAGAUGUGCUCUUGCUGUGAGUGCACCUGUGGUCCUGUCGACCUCCUCUUCGUGUUGGACAGCUCGGAGAGCAUCGGCCUGCAGAACUUCCAGAUUGCCAAGGACUUCAUCAUCAAAGUCAUUGACCGCCUGAGCAAGGACGAGCGUGUGAAGUUUGAAGCUGGGGAGUCCCGUGUGGGUGUUGUGCAGUACAGCCAUGACAACACGCAGGAGCUGGUGGCCAUGGGGGAUGCCAACAUAGACAACAUCGGGGCACUCAAACAGGCAAUCAAGAACCUGAAAUGGAUAGCUGGGGGCACCUACACUGGAGAAGCUCUGCAGUUCACCAAGGACAACCUACUGCGGAGAUUCACCUCUGACAAGCGCGUUGCCAUCGUCAUCACGGAUGGACGCUCCGACACGCUGCGGGACCCCACCCCGCUCAACUCUCUGUGCGAUGUCACCCCGGUGGUUUCCCUUGGGAUAGGUGAUAUUUUCCGGAACCCUCCAAAUCCAGAUCACUUGAAUGACAUCGCUUGUUUAAGCAGACCAACCAGGCCAGGACUGUCCAUUCAAAGGGACAACUAUGCUGAGCUCCUGGAUGACACCUUCUUGCAGAACAUCACCUCCUAUGUCUGCCAAGAGAAGAAAUGUCCAGACUACACCUGCCCAAUCAGCUUCACUGGACCGGCAGACAUCACGCUGCUGGUGGACAGCUCCACCAGCGUGGGGAGCAAGAACUUUGAGACCACCAAGAAGUUUGUGAAGCGGCUGGCAGAGCGGGUCCUGGAGGCCGGCAAGCCUGCUGACGACUCCGUACGCGUCUCAGUGGUCCAGUACAGCGGUAGGAACCAGCAGAAGGUGGAAGCUCAGUUCCAGUACAACUACACGGUCAUUGCGAAAGCCAUCGACAACAUGGAGUUCAUGAAUGACGCCACGGAUGUCAACGCCGCUCUGCGGUACGUCACGACGCUGUACCAGCGGUCCUCCCGUGCUGGGGCAAAGAAGAGGGUGCUGGUGUUUUCUGAUGGCAACUCUCAAGGGAUCACUGCGAGGGCCAUCGAGAGGGCUGUGCAGGAAGCUCAGCAGGCCGGCAUUGAGAUCUACGUGUUGGCAGUGGGCAGCCAAGCCAACGAGCCCAACAUCCGUGUCCUGGUCACGGGGAAGAGCGCGGAUUACGAUGUGGUCUACGGGGAGCGCCACCUCUUCCGUGUGCCUGACUAUACCUCUUUGCUGCGUGGUGUCUUCUACCAAACUGUCUCCAGGAAGAUAGCUGUUGACUGAGCAUCCGGGUGGGUCGCUGCCAAAGCCCUACCUUCUUCUGUCGUGCCUAAAAAUGAAAACCAACCAACCAACCAACCAAAAAAAAAUUAACAGUAUUCUUGACCAACCUGAGGAAUUUGUGUCUAUGCAGAUAGCCAUAGUGCCACAGCCUGGCACUUCAUAGUCCUCUUCCUUCUCCCCCUGCUUCUUCAUCUGCAUCUCUACCCUCUUAGC